AUGCCAUACUACGAGGUCAAUCACUCCCUCCCAUUGACGGAUGCUCAGCGUCAAAGCCUGGCCCAAGCCAUUACGAAGAUUCAUGCCACGACAUUCAAUACACCAACCAUGUUUGUCAACGUGCGCUUCGUUAAAGAAGUCCUUGCACAGGGCAAUCUCUUUAUAGCUGGGGUGCGGGAGACCAGGACGUCAAAUGUCAUCAUUUCAUAUGUGCGCACUUCGGCAGCCCGCACCAAGGCAGAUUUCGACCAAGUUGCCAAGGAGUUGGAGGACGCGUGGUACGACGUUGUCGGCAAGGGUGCAAAGACGUCAGAACAUCCUUACUUGGUGGAGGAUCCAGAGACUAGGCUUCACGCGAUUGGAAUGCUGCCGAUUGUCACGGCACGCGAGGCUGGAUUCACGAUUCCCGUGGCAGGAGAGGAAGCUGAAUGGAUUCGUGAGCAGCUUCCCGUGUUUAAACAGCUUGCAGGGCACGGAGAGGCUAGCUUUGUCUCGCUGCUCUCUGAGCUGCAGUCUAAAGCUGGGGCGGAAAAGGUUUGA